CAAUAUGGCAAAACGAUUAGAUGGCAAAAUGAAAACGCCUAAUAGUGGCCCAAAAAUUAAAUCCAAGUUGGAAGCUCGACAAACCGAAAAAUUGAAACGAGAUGAAAAAGCUUUACUGGCAAAGCAGAAGGAAAGAGAAUUAAGGAUUAUAGAACACCAGCUCCGAAGCGAACGGUUAAAACCGAAGUGUGCCAUGUUAUCGGAUUUGUCACGAAAAAAAUAUGAACACGACCGCAAGUACCGCGAAGAAUUGGACUGGCAGCAUUGGAUACGAUGCGACGGUACUCCCAACCCGCAGGUCGUACAGGAACUGAACACGUACCUUUUUGUCGAGAGACAAGUGCGCCAUGUCAGUGACGAUAAAAACUCUUAUGUGGAAAAAUGUUUAGAGAUAUUCAAGAUUAUGGACGCAGUAGAUGAUAUCGUGGAUUUACCGUUGGAUUUCAGCCAGUUUAAACUGCAGUGCUUCCGAGAAGCCAUGGACAACUUAGGAAGGCUACUGGUAGAAAUCGUGUACGGAAUUUGUUAUCACCUGAUUAGUGAUUACGAUCGCAGAAUGGAUCCUGUAGAUUUAGAAACGGUGGCAUAUAAGAACUCAUGCGAAGCAUUCGCCGUUGGCUUACAUGUAGUAUGCCACAGGCCCAGGUUGCUGACAGACGACCGGCCUCCGCCGAAAUGUGAUUUCCCCGAAUGUCUUGUCAUGGUCGAUGUUCCGCCACAACUAUCACAACAGUACAUGGCAGUAAUGGCUCUGUGGCUACGCUGGGACCCUUUUACGGACAGAAUGGCUGAAUUUGACGUUUCGAAAUCAUUGGAGAUGGACACCCGAGAUCUGUGGCAGUACUCGGAGGACAUGUGGAAACAACAGGCUCAGAUAAUGCAGCUACAAGACGAAGAGAAGGAACGGUCAAAUAGACAAUUGUGGAUGGAAAAAAUGGAAGAAAAACUUAAAGCGUUUGCGGAAGUGGAUCGGAGCAGUUAUCCAGCGGAUCUUAUAACGUACCUAGACGAACUCGAAAAAAAUGACCCUUAUGUUCGUCCGACAAGCGAUGAUACGGAAAAUGAAGACAAACUACAAGAAAAUCAACGAAAUGAUGUAGAAAUAAAGGACGUACCUCCCAAACAAGUAGAACCUGAAACCACGAAGUCAAUACAAGUUGACGUGGGAAAAAGUCCAAGCCAACUAAUAGAAAAGAGACAGCAGGAAGAGAUGGAAGAUAUUUCGAAUUCAUUGAAAUACUCGGAGAAACCAAACGAGCUUAAUCCCAGGAGGUACUGGAUUAUUGGCGGAGCAUUUAACGUGGAAAUGUGGAAACUUCCAAUGCAACCUGUCGAGUUCGAAGACGGGUCUGUGGGCGUGUUGAUCGUCGGACCAGAGGCACUGCAGCCCAUCGAUUAUCAUGAAAAAUACGAACCGUUACAAUUGUCGAUGGGUUUUUCGUCCACAUCGUCAGAAGACGAGGAAACGGACGUAAAAAAACAAAACCAAGAAGCACUUAAGAAACUCGUGCUGAUAAAUAUCAAGUUGCCGGAAAAUGUACUUUGGUUUGAAAAUCCCAAACCUGCCAUGUGGAACGAAGAAAAAAAAAAUUGGACAACUGAAUACAUAUACGAUAUCAGGUUCAACGAAGAGAAACAGAUGGUGUCGUUCCGGGCCGGCCGGAUGGGCUCGUUCGGUUUGGCCGUCAACCGGUACACGAACUUCCCGUUUCAGUCGUGGGAGGUACGGCCGGAGGGCGGCGGCGACGGCGCCGGCGUCGUGCUGUCGGUGACCGCGGCCACGGUGCUGGUGGAGUUCGCCGUGCGCGCCGACCAAGCGGCCAUGGUGCAGCUGCAGAACGCCACCACCGUGGCGCUGCAGGAGAUGAUCGGCGCGUACCACCGGCCGGACAAGCUGGUCCGGUUGUUGCGCCGCGGCGGCAUCAACUUGUUCCCGGAACCGGACGCCCGGCACUACGUGGACGGCAACAGGCCGCCCAAGCACGCGGUGGCCGAGCGGCACGCGUACCGGUGCAUGGCCGCGCUCAGCGGCACGCAUCAGUUCGCCGCGUCCCGGUGGAACGUGAACGCGCCGUUCGACCGCAUGGUGAUGCAGAUGAAGGAAACGCAGCCGGCCGUCGAUGCGGCCGGCAGUGGGACGUCGCUGUCGGCGGCGGGCGGACAGGCCGGCGGCGUCCCGUACAAGAUGGUCAUGGUGACACCGGAACGGGCCGUGCUGCUCAAGUGCACCGAGGUCAGCCAGGUGUUCUCCGACGAACCGCUGGAGGUGCCGGCCGACCCCGCCGCCGAGGCCGGUCAGCGGUUCGCGCCCGACCUGUUGACGCUGACCGGACACAGCGGCACCGUCGACUUCCAGACCACCGAAACGCUCUUCUACCUCAUGGACAAGAUAAAGUUCUUGAGCUACUCCUGAUCCUCCGGCGCGCGCAUGCGCUGUACAAUCGUAUACCUACUCGCUUCGUGCACUUUUCUGUCGUCAUCGCGUUAUAUUCGUUCGAUGUUAAGUGUUUUUAAACAUUAUACAAUUAAUACCAUUUUUGUAUUAUUAUUAUUAUUAUUUUUUUAUUAUUAUUCUUAUUCUUCUUAUCAUUAUUAUUAUUAUUAUUAUUAUUACUUAUUUUAUUUGUAUGAUAUAUUGUUUAAUUAAUUAUUUUAAAUAAAUAAAUAUUA